UAAUCUUUCAGUGAAACCAGCGAAAAUAGAGAAAAAGAUGGCCGGAGGAGGCGGAUACAACGGCGCAUCGCCGGGAAAAGUGGACUACGUGUUCAAGGUUGUUUUGAUCGGCGAUUCGGCGGUGGGGAAAUCGCAGCUGCUAGCUCGAUUCACAAGGGAUGAGUUCAGUAUGGAUUCCAAAGCCACGAUCGGUGUCGAGUUCCAGACUCGAACGCUCGUCAUUGAUGAGAAGAGCAUCAAGGCUCAGAUCUGGGAUACCGCAGGCCAGGAACGAUACAGAGCUGUUACAAGCGCGUACUAUAGAGGUGCUGUUGGUGCAAUGCUGGUUUACGACAUAACAAAACGCGAGUCCUUUGACCACAUUCCUCGAUGGCUAGAAGAGCUACGAGCACACGCAGAUAAGAACAUUGUCAUCAUCCUGAUCGGUAACAAGUCUGAUUUAGAAGACCAGAGAUCGGUUCCCAUGGAGGACGCCAAAGAAUUUGCAGAGAAAGAAGAGCUAUUUUUCCUAGAGACUUCAGCUUUAAACUCUACAAACGUAGAAAACUCUUUCAACACUCUCUUGACCGAGAUCUUCAACACAGUGAACAAGAAGAAUCUCUCAUCUAGCGAAAACCAAGGCGGUUCAAACAACCACGGAUCAAUGGCUGGAAAGAAGAUUGUUAUCCCGGGUCAUGCACAAGAGAUCCCCACUAAGAGCACCAUGUGUUGUAACUCGUAAGUCCACUUGAUUUGUUCCACUACCGUUCCAACAAAAGGAAAAAAAAAAUUCAAUCUUUUUCAUUUUCAGCAAAUUUGAAAUGGGUGUGUUAGGUAGGGAGAGGUUUUUCAUAGUAUAUUCUUUGGGAAUUUGUCAUGUAAUCAUCCAUUUGUUUGAAACUUAUUUAUCAGAAGAUUUUGUUCCUAUGGUUACACUGGAAAUAUAAAGCUUUCAUUUUUUGUC